CUGGGGCGACACCCCCUCCCCUGCACCAGGGUGGUGUUCCCCCUCAAGCGCCUUGGGCGGGAGGCUGGUCGGGGUCCUGGAGUUGAACCUGUGCCCGCGUGUUUCCCCUUAGAAAGCAGACUGCGGUCCCGGCCUUCCUCUUCAUGUUUACCCCCACCUCCCAAAUUGGCGGUGCCCCCGACUACAUGUGUUUUUCCCCAACGCUAUUUCGUGUGUGUUUCGCUCAGAAAUUAGGUGGUGGUGUCCACCAAAGCUGGAGUUUUACUCUUUAGAAAUAAGGCGGCUGCCAGGUUCCUGGGAAAGACAGUGGGUCGUCCCUCAAAAAUCAAAUAGCUUCAUUCUUAGAUGUGAUUAUGAUCUGGUCCUAGAAAACUGCCAGCAAAAAAGUUUUGCUUUAUUUCAUAUCUCCUUUUUAUGUUCUUCACAAGUUCUGAGCCCUAGCCGAUUACUAUGUGGCAGAAAUUGAGUGGAGACAGGGCCUUAGGCUAUGAAGGGGGUCACGUUGAGUGUGCUUAAGGGCUCUGGAGGAAGUGGGUUCCUUCCCUGGGCAAGUGGCCUCAGGACACAUAGUUCCCAGCUGUGCCUCCCAAAUCCAAAGCCACCGAGGUCAGAAGACGCUGCGCAGGCAGUUACUACAGUUGGGAGUGUCCUGAACUGACUUGUUCAAAUUGCAAAGUCACGUCUUUGAAGUUAGCACUUAGGGCCCAUCAGUCCUCUGAGAGACAGGAUUGAAACUUCCCUCGUUUCUGGCUGGCUGUAUGUAAUCUUGAGCUAAAAGUGUGCUUACAAAACAAAAGAUGGUGGGAUGACAAGUGUUCAUUUAAUCUUCCCUUUGAAAGGAUUGACAUUACUAUUUUUCAGUGUUGAAAGAUGCUACUGUUAAGGAAAGGCAUAGCCCUAGAAAACUAAGUCUGCAUUUGCAUUGAUCCCUAGAGGGUUUUUUUUUUUUUUUCUCAGCUAAUAUGCCCUCAUUAUGUUUGGGGUUUUACCCAAUUUAUGAAGUUCUUGGUUGUCCCUUGUGUAGUUUUCCUUUUUUAAAUUUGAAUAAAGUAUCUAAUUUCAUAAAUAAUACAGGAGAAAUUCAUCCAAUCUUUGUUGCUAAUAUCCAUUAUGUUUUUAAACUUUAUUUAUAAAGUUCUGCACUUAUUUACUUAGAUUAUAGCAAAACUACCACAGAAAUAUGAGAGAAUUUUUUAACAGUCCUUAGUACAUUUAAGAGUAAAUAUAGUUAGUUGGUAUAGUCAUAUAUUUGUGUUUCACACUUAAAAUUUUUGUGUCAUAUUGAAGUAUUGAUUGACUGCUAACAAUGUGUUUAUUUGGGCUAUAAAGGGAAUUGGAUUGAUAAUAUCUGGUCAAAGAGAGUAACCUGAAUUUUCUUAACAGGGAACUGAGCUCUGCCCUCCACAUCUAUUUUAUAGCAUUUCUCUUUCCUCUUAGUAAGCAUAUAGGAUUUAUUUUCUUUUCCAGUUUUUAUUUUCUCUGAAUUGCAUGUCAUAACAGUGAGCUUUGAAAACCUACUUUCUCUUUCUUAAGUGAGAAAAAAACUCAAAUUUUAUUUAACUUUUCUUGAAUGCAGUCACUUAAGUCCAGUUUCAUGUGCAAAGUAGUUAAAUGCAUAGUAUAAAUGUUGGAUGUUCCUAUAUUGUUUAUAUCAUUGUAGUAAGAGAUAGAUACCAUUUGAAGUCAUUCAAAUUCAUUGAGGUUUCUGGUUCUCACUCUGUAAGAUAUUGAGUAUAUAGUUUCUUGAAUGAAUCCUUGACUUCCUAUGUCAUUGAAAACAACCAAUCUGAUUCUGUUUGUUACUUUUAGAAGAAUAUAUAAACUCAGCUUAGUUUGAAACUUGGGCUAACCUGGCUCUGAUAUAGAUGUCACUGCAAAGUUCUGAGCAUUGUUACAUAGUAGCAUAAUCACUGCACUGUUCAAUAGAGGAUGCCACUCUUAUGUAAUGUUAAUAAGUGGAUAUUAUGUAUUUCCUGCCUCAUCCAUAUAAGCAAAUGUAAUUUAUCAAAGCAAAGAAAAUCAAAUUUUCAAGUCAUUAAAAAGAAAAUAAAAUUAAAAUGAACCUCAAUUAUUGCCUUUGUUGCACACUGCAUCAUGUUAAUAACUGCUCACACUGCUUUCAAUUAAUCUAACGCUGAUUGCUUCUAACCUUCACUAAACAGUUUUGAAAAUUGCUCUAGUUUAGCCUGCGACGCUUAUGAUUAGAGUCAACAAUUUGAAAUGGCCAACUCACCUGAUGCCCUCGCCUCUUCUCCACCUGCUUUCUUAAGGUCUGAUUUUAAAUCCUGUUUUGGCAAGAUUGAGGAGGAAAGUCAUGAAAAAGGAAGGAGCUUAAAGAAGAAUCACAAUCAGAUAUAAAGGAAAGCUUGUAUUAAGCCCCAAAAAUGACCCUUAUCUUCAGUUGUCAUCUGCUAAAUAACAAAAUGGUUCAGUUUAUGAACCUCUGAAAAGCAUUAAUCUUCCGAGACCUGAUAAUGAAACUCUGUGGGAUAAAUUGGAUCAUUAUUACAGAAUUGUGAAGUCAACGUUGCUGCUAUAUCAAAGUCCAACCACAGGUCUCUUUCCCACUAAAACUUGUGGUGAUGAUCAGAAGGCAAAAAUCCAUGACAGUCUUUACUGUGCUGCUGGGGCCUGGGCUUUGGCUCUUGCAUACAGGCGCAUUGAUGAUGACAAGGGAAGGACCCAUGAGCUGGAGCACUCGGCUAUAAAAUGUAUGAGAGGAAUUCUCUACUGCUAUAUGCGUCAGGCCGAUAAGGUCCAGCAGUUUAAGCAGGACCCACGCCCAGCAACCUGUCUUCACUCUGUUUUCAAUGUGCAUACGGGAGAUGAGAUCCUCUCCCAUGAGGAAUAUGGCCAUCUUCAGAUAAAUACAGUGUCACUCUAUCUCCUUUACCUUGUGGAAAUGAUUUCCUCAGGACUCCAGAUUAUCUACAACACUGAUGAGGUAUCUUUUAUUCAAAACCUGGUAUUUUGUGUAGAAAGAGUUUACCGUGUACCCGACUUUGGUGUCUGGGAAAGAGGCAGCAAAUAUAAUAAUGGCAGCACAGAACUACAUUCAAGCUCUGUUGGCUUAGCAAAAGCAGCUCUAGAAGCAAUUAAUGGAUUCAACCUCUUUGGCAACCAGGAAAUGUGUUUUUCUCUCUUGUUCCAGGGAUGUUCUUGGUCGGUUAUAUUUGUGGAUCUUGAUGCUCACAAUCGCAAUAGGCAAACUUUGUGUUCACUGUUACCCAGAGAAUCAAGAUCUCAUAACACAGAUGCUGCCCUACUACCUUGCAUCAGUUAUCCUGCAUUUGCCCUGGAUGAUGAAGCUUUGUUUAGCCAGACACUUGAUAAAGUAGUUAGAAAAUUAAAAGGAAAAUAUGGAUUUAAGCGUUUCUUGAGAGAUGGUUAUAGAACAUCAUUGGAAGAUCCCAACCGACGCUACUACAAACCAGCUGAAAUUAAGCUCUUUGAUGGCAUUGAAUGUGAAUUUCCCAUAUUUUUCCUUUACAUGAUGAUUGAUGGAGUUUUUAGAGGCAAUCCCAAACAAGUAAAGGAAUAUCAGGAUCUUUUGACUCCAGUACUUCAUCAGACCACAGAAGGUUAUCCUGUCAUACCAAAGUACUAUUAUGUGCCAGCAGAUUUUGUAGAAUAUGAGAAAAGAAACCCUGGUAGUCAAAAGCGAUUUCCUAGCAACUGUGGCCGUGACGGAAAACUCUUUCUUUGGGGACAGGCCCUUUAUAUCAUUGCAAAACUUCUGGCUGAUGAAUUAAUCAGUCCUAAAGACAUUGAUCCUGUCCAGCGCUAUAUCCCACUACAGAAUCAACGCAACGUGAGCAUGAGGUUUUCCAAUCAAGGCCCACUGGAAAAUGAUUUGGUAGUUCACGUAGCACUCAUAGCAGAAAGUCAACGCCUUCAAGUUUUCCUCAACACGUAUGGUAUUCAGACUCAAACACCUCAACAGGUAGAGCCCAUUCAGAUUUGGGCUCAGCAGGAACUGGUGAAAGCUUAUUUCCACCUGGGUAUCAAUGAAAAAUUAGGACUCUCCGGAAGACCGGAUAGACCCAUUGGCUGCCUCGGUACAUCAAAGAUUUAUCGCAUUCUAGGAAAGACUGUGGUUUGUUACCCUAUCAUCUUCGACUUAAGUGAUUUCUACAUGUCUCAAGAUGUUUUACUGCUGAUAGAUGACAUAAAGAAUGCACUACAGUUCAUUAAGCAAUACUGGAAAAUGCAUGGACGCCCACUUUUCCUUGUUCUCAUCCGGGAAGACAAUAUACGAGGUAGCCGAUUCAACCCCAUAUUAGAUAUGUUGGCAGCCUUUAAAAAAGGAAUGGUUGGAGGAGUCAAAGUUCAUGUUGAUCGUCUACAGACACUAAUAUCUGGAGCUGUAGUAGAACAACUUGACUUCCUACGAAUCAGUGACACAGAAGAGCUUCCAGAAUUUAAGAGUUUUGAGGAACUAGAACUUCCCAAACAUUCAAAAGUCAAACGACAAAGCAGUACCCCCAGUACUCCUGAACUAGAACAGCAACCAGAUGUCGCCAUUACCGAAUGGAAGAACAAGCCCACCCAUGAAAUUCUUCAAAAACUGAAUGACUGCAGUUGUCUGGCUAGCCAAGUCAUCCUGCUGGGUAUACUGCUCAAAAGAGAAGGCCCCAACUUUAUCACCAAGGAAGGAACCGUUUCUGAUCACAUUGAGAGAGUCUAUAGAAGAGCUGGCAGCAAAAAGCUUUGGUCGGUUGUGCGCUGUGCAGCAAGUCUUUUAAGUAAAGUAGUGGACAGCCUGGCCCCAUCCAUUACUAAUGUUUUAGUGCAGGGAAAACAGGUAACUCUGGGUGCCUUUGGGCAUGAAGAAGAGGUUAUCUCUAAUCCUUUGUCUCCAAGAGUGAUUAAGAACAUCAUCUAUUACAAGUGUAAUACCCAUGAUGAGAGGGAGGCGGUCAUUCAGCAAGAACUGGUCAUCCAUAUUGGCUGGAUCAUCUCCAAUAAUCCUGAGUUAUUCAGUGGCAUGCUGAAAAUACGAAUUGGGUGGAUCAUCCAUGCUAUGGAGUAUGAACUACAGAUCCGUGGUGGAGACAAGCCAGCCAGAGACUUGUAUCAGCUGUCACCUAGUGAAGUUAAACAGCUUCUGUUGGAUAUUCUUCAGCCUCAACAGAAUGGAGGAUGUUGGCUGAACAGGCGUCAGAUUGAUGGGUCUUUGAACAGAACUCCCGCUGGGUUCUAUGACCGAGUAUGGCAGAUCCUGGAGCGAACUCCCAAUGGUAUCAUUGUAGCUGGGAAGCAUUUGCCACAGCAACCAACCCUGUCAGAUAUGACCAUGUAUGAGAUGAAUUUCUCUCUCCUUGUUGAAGAUAUGUUGGGGAAUAUUGACCAGCCAAAGUACAGACAGAUUGUUGUGGAGUUACUAAUGGUUGUAUCCAUUGUACUGGAAAGAAACCCUGAGCUAGAAUUUCAAGACAAAGUAGAUCUAGACAAACUGGUGAAAGAAGCAUUUCAUGAAUUUCAAAAAGACGAGAGUCGACUAAAGGAAGUUGAAAAACAAGAUGACAUGACUUCCUUUUACAACACUCCCCCACUGGGAAAAAGAGGAACAUGCAGCUAUUUGACAAAGGUUGUGAUGAAUUUGCUGCUAGAAGGAGAAGUCAAACCAAGCAAUGAUGACCCAUGUCUGGUUAGCUAGUGAGAAUGGUGUAAAAGGUUCUGUUGAGACAUGUUUUCUAGUAGUGUGUUUUUUGUGUUGAAGCUUAGUUCAGGUCACCAUUAAUGUAUGGACUGAGUAUGUUGGUGAGGUGGUUGCCACGUCUUUGGCAGAGCCACUGGACCUCUUGCACUCCAUAGCCAAUCUAAUGGUAAGAAAUGCUGUAACUAGGUGGAAAAAAGUUCUGAUGAUUAUUAUGCCAACUACAAUAAUAAUCUUUACUGAAUGAUAGAAAUAGUUUAUGAAUUGAAAGUUCACUACUGCAUGUUUUAUGAUCAAAUAACUCAUCAAAAUGAAUCUUUGCUCUUUGGACUAAAUUCCCACCUUACUGCCAUUAAAAUGAAUUUGUCAGCUAGUGAUGCAUACUGGAUAUUGAAAGAAUGAUGAACUUAACUUAGUAUCAUUGUUAUACUAAAAAAGAUAUUAAAAAUCAUAAAAGCAAAUCUGCCAGCUAAUGUUUUGAUUCUCAAAAACUGCAUUGUUGAUGAAAUUUUAGUAUACAGAACUAUUGUACAACUUUUACCUUAUAAACAUGACUAUAGUUGUGUAUUUGUUUUGACUUUAGGGGUUGGACUAAAAUACAGUGUAAUCUAUACCUGAUUAGACAUUUUUCUUUGAGCUCUUACUAAAAAUAUGGCAUAUGUAAGAUUUUUCAGAAGUAUGGACUAGUAAAAAAAAUUGAAAAUCAUUAAAUUUUACUUCUGAAUUAAUGAA